GACGAUCCGGCCCUACGCUCACCGACGAUGCUUCCGCAUUCCGUAAACAAGGAGGUCUGUGCCCCUCGGGCGACCGGGACGACGUUGGGAAUGCAUCUCAGACCCAGAGCCGAAUGCUUCAAGCUGGCGAAGAAGCUUGCCAUCGGGCGGGUCAUCUCUGUCCGGGUGACAACUCGGACGCCCAAAGCCCGCCAAACGUGUCUCCUUGUCUCCCGCCGCCAUCUUCCCCGGGGCCGCCGUCGCCCUCUGUACAUAUACCACACGCUCUUUGACCCGCCCAUUCCUUUAUGCCCCGUUAACCCUCGCAAAACACACCGCCAUGAGCUUCAAAGCUUCCGCCAGUCUUGAGAGCAUACCAUCGACUCAGUCUCAAGACGAGCUGCUCAAAGGCUGCGCUAGGCAGCUUGUCAUAGGCGACUUCGGCAUUCUCAAGCUGCUCGGAACUGGUCGCACUGGAAAGGUCUUCCUUGCGCGCCACAGGGAGACCGAACAAUUGCUUGCCCUCAAAGUCAUUCCAAAGGACUCCUUGUCGCCCAAGGAUUUCUCUAGCGCUCUUCGGGAGCAGCGCAUACUCAAAACCCUUGCCACCGCCGCAAAUGGCCGCCUGCUUUUCGUGCGCGUGCUCGCUAGCUGGCAUGAUACGGAAAACUUUUACCUGGCGAUGGAAUACCUCGCCGGCGGAGACCUCGCCAUAGAGCUUGGGCGCUGCAAAGUCUUCGACGAAGAACGUGUCAAGGCAUAUGCGGCAGAAAUUAUCACCGCGCUCGAAGCCCUGCACACCCGCAGCAUUGUCCACCGAGAUAUAAAGCCGGCCAACCUCCUCUUCCGCCCUGACGGACACAUCGUUCUCGCCGAUUUUGGGCACUCUCUCGCCUUCUCUACGCAUCCAGACCUCGCACAACCCAAUAACACGCAACCGCGCUCUUCGUGCGACUCGACGUACAAGCCCUGCACGACGACGGAAGUCUGCGGGACGCCCUUCUACAUGUCCCCGGAGAUGCAUGCGGGACGGCAGUAUUCGUACGACGUCGACCUAUGGGCAUUGGGAGUCGUGAUGUAUCGCAUGCUGACUAGGCGGAUGCCCCUCGGCGGCGACGCGACCCGGAGCGAAAUCGCGGACCACGUGCAACACGACCCGGUGCUCUUCAAACCCGAAGACGCGGCUUCGGAGCAAGUCAGAGAACUCCUCCAGAAGAUGCUCUCAAAAGAACCGCGCUCACGUCCGGAUCUGCUGUCUCUCAAACAGGAUCCCUUCUUUGACAGCAUUGACUGGGACGAGAUCAAGGCGCGCCGCAAUGUACCCGCCUGGACGCCAUUCAUCCCUCCGGUACCCAAAACUACGAAGACGACGCUCGACUUCCGCCAGGGAGAGCCUUACGACGCCUGCGACGACCCGUACCCGGACUUCGCUUUCAUCUCGCCUUCUUUCGCGACAGCGGACGAGUUGGCGCGGGCAGAUGUGCUGCCUUCCUCGCCGCACAGCCCUCCACGCAGUCUCUCUCGGCUCCGCAAAGCGGUCAGGCGGAUAUUCCACUGCUCGAGGAUGGCGCGGCCGGCGGCCCCGCCGCUUAUCGUGCAGCUGCCCUCGAAGGAGGAUGAUAAGCUCUCGUUGGAAGAGUCGAUGGAGUUCUUGAUCGCGCUUUGAGGUUUGGGGUGCGGAAGGAAGAGAUCGUUGGAGAUUAUCAUUAUGUCUUAUUUACUGUGUUCGUGCUUCUUGUAGCGCUCGGUCUUCUCCUGUACUUCUCUGUCGGUCGAUCCAAUUGUGUAUAGCCCUUUACAUCGGAGACCGUUUCACGUGUCCCUGCUCCAAAAGAGCGUUGACGUCCCCCCAGCUCCACUUCCCUCGAUAGGUCGAGUACUCAACUUCGUGUAGCUGAGGGAAGACAUUCCUGAGGAACCG